AUGUUUGGUGGUAUUACGACAAAGGCUCUGCUUAUAGCCGGUCUGGCUUUCUCAGCCACUGCCGCACCGAACAAGAAUGAGAAGCGCCAUUGGGUUGGCUCAUGGGCGUCUAUGCCCCAAGAAGUUGAGCCUGCGAAUCUUGCUCCUUCUCCUUUUGGAGGACCAGAUGCUGCUGCUCAAUUCUUCAACACUACGCUUCGUCAGACAUUUCACAUGUCCAUUGGCGCCGAGAAAAUUCGCAUUAGAUUCUCCAACAUCUUUGGAAAGACGGAUCUGCCCAUUGACGCAGCUACCAUCGCUCUCCCCGUUGGUGGAAAAGCUGGUGUUGGUGAAAUCGACGCCAAGACCGCCAAAACGCUCAAGUUCAACGGAAAGAAGUCCAUCUCAGUGCCAGCAGGAAAGAUUGUCUACUCUGACCCAAUCGACUUUAAGCUGAAGCCUCUGUCCAAUCUUGCUUUGUCUGUGUACACCGAGAAAGGUCAAGCCGGAAAUAUUAUCACUGGGCAUCCUGGCAGCAGAACUACCUCUUGGAUGCAGAAGGGCAACCAUGUAAAUGCUGCUUCUGUUUCCGGAGGAAGCACCAAGCAUUGGUACUUUGCUAAUGGUGUUGAUGCUUGGGCUCCUGCGGAUCACUUUGCUGUUGUUCUCCUAGGUGAUAGUAUCACUGACGGACGAGGAAGCACUGAUGACUCAAAUGAUCGUUGGUCCGAUGCGCUUGCUGCCCAUCUCCAAGACUCAGGAUUAAAGAACGUCGCGGUCAACAAUAUGGCUGCAGGUGGAAACGCCAUCCUCCAAGGUGGUCUUGGCCCUCCUCUUCUUACGCGCUACAAGCGCGAUGCUCUUGAGCAACCCGGUGCCGAAUUCGUUGUCAUUUUCGAAGGCGUCAAUGACAUUGGUCCAUCCGCCACAGACGCCGCCACUCAAAAGAAGAUCAAGAAUGGUCUCAUCGCUGCUUACCAACAAAUCGCGGGUGAUAUCAAGAAGGCUGGUAUGACCAGCAUUGGAGCCACAAUCACACAAAUGCUCGGAAACCAGUACUAUGCUCCUGAAAGAGAGGUUACGAGGGUUGCUAUCAACGAGUGGAUUUUGAGCAAUGGUACCUUUGACCACACGGUUGACUUUGCUUCGUUGAUUGGAGAAGGAGAUAAGCUAUUUCCUCAGUAUGAUUCUGGAGAUGGCCUACAUCCCAACCCGGCUGCGUACAAAUUGAUGGGCACCAAGUUUCCCAUCAAGGUCUUCAAGAAGUAA